AUGGGCCUCGGGUCGCUCGUGGCCGGCCCCUUUUCGGAAACCUUUGGCCGCAACGCCGUCUACGCCGGCUCCAUGGCGGUCUUCAUGAUCUGGAUUAUGGCCUCCGGACUCGCGCCCAACUUUGGCGCCCAGAUCACCUUCCGCUUCCUGGCCGGGUGCUCCGCCUCGACGCCGCUGGUGUGCUCUGGCGGCUCGAUCGCGGACAUGUACAACCGCCUCGAGAAGACGUGGAGCUUCCCGCUGUAUGCCAUCACAUGCUUCGGCGGGCCGAUGGUCGGCGCCGUCAUGGGUGCUUACAUCGGCCCCUCCAACGUCGUGAGCUGGCGAUGGACCGAGUGGACGGUGCUGAUCUCCUCGGGCCUCGUGCUGGUCCUGGUACUUCUCUGCAUGCCCGAGACCUACGGCCCGCUGCUUCUCCAGUGGAAGGCCGCCCACUACCGGCGGAUCACUGGCGACGGCCGUUUCCGCUCCGAACACGAGAUCGUCGAUGCUACUCUCUUCAGCCGCCUCAAGACCAGCAUGACGAGGCCGUUCCUCAUGCUCACGGAACCCAUCAUCAUGGCCAUGACGCUGUACAUAACCGUCGUCUACAUCGUCCUCUUCACGUUUCUCGUCGGAUGGCCCUACAUCUUCGAGUACACCUACGGCCUCGAUCAGGGCCUCGCCAACAUCGUCUUCGUCGCCAUGUUUGCGGGUACGCAAAUCAACUUCGCUUUCGUGCCGCUCAUCUACUCGAUGACGGUAAAGCGAGUCAAGAACGGCGUGCAUGACACGAGUUUCAAACCGGAGAUCCGUCUCUGGUACGCCAUGUUCGGCGCCGCCGUCUCCGUCCCCGUCUCCCUCUUCUGGCUCGGGUGGACAAAUUUUGCCAGCAUCAGCAUCUGGUCCGCCAUUUUCGCAGUCAUUGUCUUCGGCUACGGUGUGACCGGCAUCUUCAUCUGCGUGUACAUGUACAUCAUCGACUCGUACGAGAUAUACUCAGCGUCGGCUCUCACGUUUGUCGCCCUGAUCAGGUACAUGGUUGCGGGAGGCAUCACCGUGGUUGGGAUACCGUUUUACGAGAACCUGGGUACGCACUACGCCCUGACGAUUCUCGCAUGUAUAUCAGGGGUGCUCGCGCCGAUACCUUACAUCUUGUACCACUACGGUAGCUGGAUCCGAGCCAAAAGUCGGUUUGCGGUGUCGAUGUAG